AUGGCAGAAAAUUAUCUUCAAAAGACCAUGGAGAAAAUAAAAUCAUCUUCAUCUCCAUUUCAAAUUAUUUGUCGUGGUUAUUAUAAAAGUGAAGAUAAAAAUCCAUUGAAUCUGUUAUUUUUCUUGGAUCGUUCUCACUUAAAAUGGGUUCCGGUAAUUGUCUUUACUCAAGAUAAAGAAGGUUUAAUGUAUCAUUUACAAAAUCAAGCACCAUCCAUGAGUAUCCAGGACUGGAAAGAUCGAUUAUACAUAGUAAAUAAUUCGACAGACUUAAUUGCUAAAGUCAAAUCUAAUAUUAAAAAUAAACGUGGCAACAAUCCUCCAAUAAAAUAG